AUGGGCUCCUCCGGCGCGGGGAAGACGACCUUUUUGAACGCGAUUUGCGAUCGCCUGGCGUCUGGCGGGGAGUUGGCCCUGGAGGGGAGCUGCCAACUCGCCGAUGUCGUCUACGAGCGGCGCUUUCGCAAGGCCCUGGGGUUUGUCCCGCAGGACGACGUCCUUUCCGCGAUGGACACCCCGUACGACGCGCUUCGGUUCUCGCUCCGCACGCGGCGCGGCGUGGAUGCCGCCGAGGCGGACGCCCGGGUGCGGGAGAUGCUCUCCCUCCUCAAACUUCAGGGCUGCCAAGAGACGUUGGUGGGGACCCCGGGGCUAACCGGCGGGCUCUCCGGCGGCGAGCGCAAGCGCUGCAGCAUCGGGGUCGAGUUGGUCUGCGAUCCCAAAGUGUUGUUGUUGGAUGAGCCGACCUCCGGGCUGGAUUCGGUCACCGCGGCGAUGCUGAUUCGCCAGCUUCGCGAGCUCGCGCGCGGGGGGCGGACGAUCAUCUACACCAUCCACCAGCCCACCGCCGAGGUGUUGGCGUCCUUCGACGAUUUGAUGCUCCUGACGGGCGGGCGGUGCGCCUACCACGGCGCGAUGGCGGAUUCCCUGGCCUACUUCGAGUCCAUCGGCUUCCCCUGCCCCGAGCGCUACACCGCGGGGGAUUAUUUUAUGAUGCUCCUGCAGGACGAGCAGACGUCGCGCGUGUUGGUGGAGCGGUGGGAGCAGCACCUGCAAACCAACAAACGCACCCCCCACACCACUUCCAUCCGCCUCGCGGAGGACCCCGAGGAGUCCCACACCACGAUUUUUCUGAACUCCUACAUCCAGAAGUUUGGCAGCUCCACCGUGAUUCAGCUUCGCGAGGUGUUUCUUCGCCGCGUUCACGAGCUCGCGCGGGAUCGGAUGUUUAUCUUCUCCCUUGCCGGGCAGGAGUUGUUCUUCUCCCUUAUUGUGGGGCUGAUUUACAUCCGGAUUGGGAUGGAUAUCGCGAGUAUCCAGGAUCGCGCGGGGCUUUUGUUUAUGGUCACCCUGAAUCGCGUCUUCUCCGCCUCCUAUACUGUGUUAAACACCUUUCAUAAAGUUCGUCCGGUCUUCAUGCGGGAGCAAAACGCCGGGGCCUACUCGCCUUUGGUCUACUUUGUGGGUACGAUGACCGCCCAAUUCCCGCCGAUGAUAUUUUUCUUCUUUCUGGAGUGUCUGAUUAUUUAUUUCAUGACCGGUCUGUACGCCUCCGCGGGGGCGUUCUUUCUCUAUUUUCUGAUUAUUGGGAUCGUCCAGGAGGUCGGGGUGGGGAUCGGGUUCCUGCUCUCCGCCUGCUUCGAAUCCAUCACCCUCGCCACGGGCCUCGCGUCGUUGGUGACUAUUCCCUUGAGUUUGGCGGGGGGGCUUUUGGCCAGCACCGACCGCCUGCGGCCCUACUGGUACUUCCUCGAAAAGCCGUCCUUUAUUCGUCAUGGGUUUAUUCUGUUGAUGCGGAAUGAGUUUAACCGCCUGGACCACAUCGACUGCGAUAUCCACAAGUACGGGGCCGAGGUCUGCCGGAAUCAGGCCAAGAACGGCAAGGAGGUGCUCAUGCGCAUGGGCAUCGACUCCGACCCGCAGUCCAAAAGUGUUUAUAUGUGGAUCUCCCUCAUCGGGAUUUGGUGUUUGAUUCGAGUGUUCUGUAUUAUUGCCCUCAAUGUCGUCUCGCGUAAAAAAAUGUAA